AUGGCCGAAAAACGCCGGUUGUCUGCUCGUGACCGUCGCGAACCUGCGGCCAAACGGCGAGUCUCCGAAGCCAAUACGCCCCAGCCUCAGUCGCAACCCCAACAGUCAUCCAAGAAGAAGGCUUCCACUCCCGCUGCUGCUCCGACGCCCCCUCCGCCGCCACCGCCAGCGCCCGUCGAUCCACCUUUGCCGACGAAGAUUCGAGACGGAGAAGGGCUGCCGACGUUGACAGCACCGCAGCCUGACAACCUGCCGUCCACAGACUAUCAGUCAAUCGCGGAAAGUGCUGUGCUUCUCGCUUCGUUGGAACGGUCGAAGAAGAAAUGGCUGAGCGAUGGCAUCCUCGUGCGGUACUGGACGAAACCGAAAAAGUCCAAGAGAGAGCAGAUAGAAGGGAAGAAUCCGCCCAAGGAGACCAUGUCGAAGGUCGGGCCCUGCAGCGUUGUGGUCGGGCCUCAUCUCUUCGAUGCCAUGGUCUACACGGUCAAAGACCCCAAUGCGCCGCCCCCGAUCCAAUACACUCCCCCCCAACGACCGAUGGUUCACUACGGCCAUCCAAACAAUUUCCAACAGUAUCAGCCUCAGCCUCCUCCAUCGCAGAAUCAACGACAGCAGUCGAACCAACACCCCCCCGCCAGCCCAGCUCCCCCGCAGCCGGGUUAUUACCAAUCGCCGCAUCCACCCCCUGCACGCCCGGCAAAGACCCCCAACCAAACUCCCCGUCCUCCUUCCGGCCCGCAGCCAACCCAGCCCAUCCAGCGACCCUCGCCGGCUCAACACCCUCCACCCGCCCAACCUGCUAAACCCAGUCCAGACCCCGUGAUUCAGAUGCUGGCAACAAGGGCUGCUUCCGACCCGGAACUGAAGGCUCUGAUGAGGGUGGUGGCAUCGAGCAAGGCAUCGCAGGAGCAACUUCGAGCGUUUCAGGCCCACAUCGAUGAGCUCAAUGCCAUCAUUCGUGCCAGGGAGCAACAGCAGCAGCGUCAGCAACAACCGCAGCAAUCGCAACCUUCCACCCCUCAAACGAAAGCCGCGCCCCGCACUCCACACCCUCCCCAGCCGUCACCGCAGCCAGCCCAACAGAAUGAUCAGAAAAGGCCGCCUCAGCAAAUGCAGCGCGUCGAGGUGCAAAUUCCGAGGCUGACGCCAUCUGCUCCUGCCACCCCUCAGGCAUCAACAUCAACCCCGCCGAAAUCCCCCCAGAACCCCACGCCCCAGCAGCCUAGUACAGCCGCGCAGGUGAAGCAAGAGCCCGGGGCACCGCCAGCGCAACCGCCCCCGGCUGGCACAUCUAACAUUAGUAUCACGCCUGCUCCACCGUUAGCAGCGCAACAGAGUGCAACCCCGAACCCAUCCAGUCCCGCCGUUCGACCAAUGCCGCCCCCGCCCCAACCGCAGAGCGUGGGACCGAAACCCGGGCCACCCUAUCCCCCUCCGCAAACGCCCCAUCAGGCCACUCCACCCUCAAUCCAGUCCCGACCCCCACAACAAAACUCUCCGGCCCCGUCUCCGUACUACCACCCUGGCCCGCCACCGCCGCCGCCGGCCCCACCCAGAAUCAACUACAAGUCGGUGGUGUUCGAAUUCACCUCCCCCUUGACACCAUAUGGAAGCAGCACUUCUGGCCACGCAGGCUCUGGAGACCGCUACCUCUUCCCGGAGUAUACGAUUUUAGAAUAUCUCCCUGGUGGCACCACGGUACUCGCAUCGUUCUUGCUCGUCAAGAAGGUCGACCCAAACGCACCUUUUCCCAUCGAGAACCCAACGGAGACGAAUAACUCGCGGGCAAAAGGAAAGGCAGGAUCCCGAUCCAAAAAGAAGAAGAAGACCGCCGAAGACACCAAAGAGCAAGACAAGGGCAAGGAUAACCCCAAGGAAAAGGGCGACACGAACGGAAAAGACAAAGAUGCCACCUCCAGCGCCCAAGUAACCCCGAACCCGCAAGGCCCCACGGACAACAAGCCUACCUCCGGACAAGACCUCCAAAAGCCCGACCAAAAGGACGCAUCAUCAGAAACCAAGCCCGAAAAAGACCAAACCAAGGAAAAAUCCUCCGACGCCAAGGACACCCCCGACCCCAUCAGUAAUACCAACCUCAAAGAAUACUACCAGCCCAUCACAUGGCGCAUCCACACCACAAACGCCAAAGUCCUCGAACCCCUCAGCCGCAUCGUCAAGCCCGCCGACGAAGUCCGCAAAUACAUGAACGAGAUCAUGGACCGUGCGGAGCGCGCGCCGGAUGGAUUCCUCGCGUUCCGUCUUCCUCGGGAGGAUCGUCCUGUUGAGGAAAUCGACAGUGCCGACAAGGAGAAAGAAAAGGAGAGGGAAAAGGAACGAGUCCGGAAAGGAAGCACGCCUCUUCCGCACAGCAGUCGCAGCCGCAGUCGACAUUCUAGAGGGAAGGUCGCUGAGGCGGCGGAGUCGGAUGCUGAGAUGGUGGAUACUGCGGGCGAGGACGAGCCGCUGGAGGAAGAGGAAGAGGAGGAGGAGCUUAGGGAUUAUUAUGGUCCGCCGACGGGGCUUUCGCCUAUGGGGGUUUAUUGAUUGGCG